AUGAUAGCGUUCAAGCUACUUUUGUUGGUCUGGGCUAGCAUAGCUUUGGCGAAAUGGGAGCCGCGGGUGACUAGUACGAAAAGCUCGUUGUCUUUCACCCUUCAGGUGUUUGACGACUCGACGACGCUUAUGACUAUCGACCACGGGAAACUCAAAAUCAGCCACGAUAACGGUCUCAAUUGGGAUGUCUUAGAUCAGCUAGGCCGCAGGGUCUCUAGAGUCGAGGUCGACCGGAACUACCCUAAGUCCCGGGCUUUUGCCGUCGACGCGGAAGGAAAGGUUGUAUACAAAACAGAUGAUAAGGGCCAGCAUUGGGAGAAGUUGAAUUUCGAUUCGCCGAUAGUUGGUGACGAAAAUGAUGCGCCCUUGAGCAUGACCGCAUACUUUGAAACAAACCCGUUAUCUGACGGAGACAUCUUAGUGCAUGUCGCGGGUUGCGAUAUAGUGGAUGGGAACUUUCUGCAUUGCAGCAGCUCAAAAAGAGUUUUUGUUUCUAGUAACGGCAAAGACUUCAGCCUUGUCGAAAGCUUGAAAGCAGAGAGCGAAGAAAAAGACGGCGAAGAAGUCUUUAGCGUAUUUUGCAGAUUUGAUGGCUUCAAGCCUGAGGAUAGUGAGGCAGGCGACGCCCACGGCAUUGUUUGCGAAGUCGAUUCGAUGGAAACAAAGGAUUCAGAAACUGUCAGAUCCAGCAAGGUUUUCCAGUCGAGCGACUACGGAAAAACAUUACAAAUCCCUCAUGGCUUCGAAGAUCUCAACAUUGUUUCCUUGAUUCACGUCGGAGACUACAACGUUAUCACAACUGUGGAAGAUAAAUACAACCCAGACUCAGCAUCUCAACUCUGGAUAUCCCGGGAUGGACUCAAUUAUGAAAAGGCUGUUAUUCCAACAAGAACAGGGCGAUACACUUUUGUAUUGAAAUUUGGUAGCUCUAGCAAGGAACUUGCUCUCCAGAAUAACGCCUUCACAGAUUCUGGAGAAAAGACGCCCUCUGUGUUGAUUUCGACUUCCAAUGGAACCAAGUUUACUCCACUUACUGAGGCGGCGGCUGUUGGCUACUACUCUUUGAGCGGCGUAGGAAAUCAGGAAGGCGUUGUCGCCUACACCGUUUCAACGCCUAAUUAUAGCGAUGAAAGUAAAGAAAGUCCAGAUAAAGCAAAAAUCUCGUUCGAUAAUGGCAAAACUUGGUCAAACCUCCGCAUAGAUGACCCGGAUCACGAAUUCGAUUGUGAUACAAGUGAUCCUGAAAACUGUUAUUUAAGGCCUCUUUGGUUUUUAGAAGAUUGGAGGAAUUCUCAUGUUACGACUACGCCUGGAAUCUCCGCCUGUGUUGCUGAAGUGAUUGGCGACAGUGGGAAGCCGUCUUCGUUUGAGAAUGUCAAAACUUUCAUAACCGGCAAUGGAGGAUACUCUUGGCAUAAAAUUUUAGAUUUCCCUGCAUCAGUUGUAUUUGGAGACUAUGGCAAUAUCAUUUUGGCAGUUCCUUUCUCGCCGGAUAAUGACGGUGACCCUGCUGCUGAGUUUUAUUAUUCUUUAGAUCAAGGUAAUACCUGGAGUGAAUACCAAUUCAAGGAGCCGUUGUAUUUUAUCAAUUUUGUUCCAACGGCCCUUGAUGGCUCAGGUGCCACUUUUAUCCUCCAGGCCGCCACUCCUACAGGCCGUGAUGAUGGCCGGUUUUUGACUGUCGACUUUUCUGAUGCGUUUGAUGGAAACAAAUGCACAGAUUCUGACAUGGGUGAAUGGUACACCAAUGGAGGCGGAUGUGUUAGUGGCUCGAAACACAAGUUCCGCAGAAGAAAAGAGGACGCAAAGUGUCUUGUGAAGGAACUUUUCAAGGAUUUAGAACCCACAGAGGAGACCUGCGAUUGCACGAAGAGUGAUUAUGAAUGCUCUCCGGAAUUUUCCCUUAAUAAAGACGGCGAAUGCGUCUUAGACCGCAAUUUAUUAGAGAUUAGUGGGACUUGUGGCGGUGAAAACAAAGACAGGAAGAUAAAGCUUUUGCCUAUGGUGCUGGAAAGAGGAAACAAGUGUCGCGCGCCUUUAAAAAUAGACACAAUUGAGAUUGAUUGUGGUGCUUACUUCGAGGGGGGUGAGCCCUCUCCUAUAAAAAUUGAGGAGCAUACGCUAGACUUUGGUCUCAAAUCCUACCAGUACUUCGACACUAUAGCCGAUGAGACACUUUUACUUGGAUCCGACAACCACGAGGUUUACAUCUCUUACGAUAGCGGUCAAACCACGCAAAAACUUGAUUUCCAGGAUAAAAUCAUUGAAGUUGUUUUCAACCAAUAUUUCAACACUAGUGCCUACCUUUUCGGAUCGAGCAACAAGCUUUAUGUCACUCAUGAUAGAGCAAGAUCUUUCAAAGAAUACAAACUGCCUGAUGCCAAGCAGUUAGGAUUUCCCCUUACUUUCCACGCUAAAGACGUAGACACAUUCAUUUUUUACGGAGCUAAGGAUUGUGACAGUCUCUUCAGUCCUAACUGCCAUGCAGUGGCGUAUAUCACUAAGGAUGGCGGUAAAAGAUUCAGAGAGCUCACGCAGGGUGCACUAAGGUGCGAGUUCAUAGGCUCUAUCAAUGAUGACUCUGCCGACCCAGACAUGAUAAUGUGUCUGGUGAAAGACAAAGGAGCAAAUGAACGGCAUGUUGUCACAAGCAGUAAUUUUUUUGAAAAUCAGAAGACGGUUUUCGAAAAUGCAAUUGGAUUCAUCUCUGCGGGAGAAUACACGAUAAUCGCUGUCCCCCAUGACAAUGAUGAGCUGAGAGCAUAUGUUACCGUAGACGGUAGAGAGUUUGCCGAGGCAAGCCUUCCCGCUGAGUUGAAUAUUGAUAAACAGCAGGCAUACACAGUUUUGGGUUCUCAGGAGGGCGCCAUAUUUUUUCACCUAACGACUGAAAUGAAACAGGGCUCAGAAUACGGUGCCUUGAUGAAAUCGAACUCAAACGGAACAUCUUUUGUUGUUUUAGAGCGAGCCGUCAACAGAGGAUCCUCUGGAUUUGUUGAUUUUGAAAAAGCGCUAGGCCUUGAGGGAAUAAUUAUGAUCAACACAGUCUCGAAUGCAGAAGAGGUUUCCUCUGGUUCAGGUGUUCAAAAGAAGCUGAAGUCAAAGAUAUCCUUCAAUGAUGGCGCCGAUUGGAUCUAUUUGAGUCCACCUGAGAGAGAUUCCGAGGGCAAAAAGUACCAGUGCGACUCCAAAUCAUUAUCGUCAUGUUCUCUAAAUUUGCAUGGUUACACCGAAAGAAAAGACGAAAGAGACACUUACUCAUCUGGAUCGGCGUUGGGGUACAUGAUCGGCGUUGGCAAUGUUGGCGAGUACCUUCUUCCAAAAGAAGAAUGCUCAACCUUCAUUACAACCGAUGGCGGUUUUACCUGGAAAGAAAUCAAGAAAGGAUCAUACCAAUGGGAGUUCGGUGAUCGUGGUAGUGUUAUCGUGUUGGUCAAAGACCAGCAAAAAACUGACUUAAUAACGUACUCGGUUGAUUCAGGCAAAACAUGGAAUGACUAUAAGUUUGCUGGCGAGGAGCUCUAUGUUGAGGACAUAAUAACUACCCCACAAGAUUCUGCAAUGCGCUUCCUGUUGAUUGGAAAAUCGAGUUCUAUUAGUGGUAAAGAUACCAAAACUUUUACUGUUGAUUUCACUCAGUCGUUUGAUCGCCAAUGCCAACUGGACCGCGAUUAUCAAUACCGCGUUUUUGGCGACUGCCUUUUUGGACAUCAAGCUGAGUACUUGCAAAAGGUCAACGAUAACUGCUAUAAUGGGGCUGCCCCACUUGAAGGUAUGAAAAAAAUUGUCAAAAAUUGUUCUUGUACCAGAAGCGACUUCGAAUGCGACUACAAUUACUACAAGGCAAACGACGGCACAUGCAAACUGGUGAAGGGCUUGGAGCCUGCUGACCCAAGCCAAAUCUGUAAGAAAGAUUCUGACCUGAUAGAAUAUUUCGAGAUUACAGGCUAUAGAAAGAUUCCUUUGUCAACCUGCGAAGGAGGAUUGCGCCUGGAUGUGGCUUCUAAGUCUCAUGCAUGCCCAGGAAAAGAGAAAGAGUUCAAAAACAAGUACGGUGUCAGUGGAAGACACAUUCUUUACAUCAUGAUCGCCCCCGUAUUGAUAUUUAUCGGAGCUGCAUGGUUUGUAUACGAAAGAGGUAUCAAGAGAAACGGUGGCUUGUCUCGAUUUGGAGAAAUAAGGCUUGGAGAUGACGAUCUCGUGGAAGAGAAUUUUACCGACCGUGUUGUUAACUCUGUUGUGAGAGUAGGCGUCUUCGGCUUUUCAGCUCUUGCAGCCUCAAAGCAACUAGUUCAGCGUAAUGCUGUAAAUGCAUGGCAGCGACUAAAACUGCGCAUUCAAGGCGGUCGGGGAGGACCAAGCUAUUCAUCACUAACGCAUGAGCAGCUUCUGGAUGAGGCGGACGAGCUUUUAGCAGGCCACGACGAAGAUGCCAACGACCUAGCGAGCUUUAUUGAUAGCGAAGGUGACUACGACAUUGGUGCAGAAGAACUUCCACAGACUCAUUCGCCUGCACCAUAUACCGAUCAUGAACCAAGCGAUCAUGAAACUUCCAGUCAUGAAACCGCUGAUCACAACAACGAAAAUGGCGGCAACUCGAAUGAGGUGUGA